GCUUGUGCAAUCGUGUUUUUGUUAUAGGGAAGUCGUCCGGUAUAUACUGGCGACUAUGCAUGGCCCGUCAUUAGACUCCUGAGUAUGGCCUGCGCUAACGUUCCCGACCAGACAGAAGAAAAGGAGUGGAGAGUUCAGUCGUAUUUGGAGCAGCACUUGAGGAUUUGGCCGCAGUACGGGAACCGCAUUCUGGCGCAGCACGACGAAGACAGCAUUGUCGUCUACCAGGCAUUCUGUAACGAAAUAGCGGACUAUGCUGUUCGAUACCAAAAAUUUGGAGGUGACCAUUUCUCCUUCACUCGCAUGUCGUGGAUUAAACCAAACUUUAUGUGGAUGAUGUACCGUAGUCGAUGGGCUACCAAACCGAACCAGGACCGUGUGCUGGCAGUAAGAAUCACAAGGGCUGGCUUCGACCACAUACUGUCGCUGGCAUUCACCAGGGACUCUAAGAAAGCGGCAGCGACGAAGCAGCCAACUCUAGUAAGACUGCAGUGGGACCCUGACCACGACCCUAGCGGAGACAAACUACGGAGGAGAGCCAUUCAACUAGGCCUCCGAAAACAGGUUCUCAGAAGAUACAGUGAAGAAUGGAUUGUAAAAAUUGAGGAUAUAACGGAGUUUGUUCAUCAGCAGUACAAGCUGGUCAAGAAGCGGAGGAUAGAGGGUCUCAUUGUUGCACAAGAACGUGUUUAUCCCGUCUCUGACCCUAAAACUGCUGCUCAGAUUGAACUUGCUCAGUAGUGCAGAUUCACAGCAUUAUACUCACCCAAUGAAGUAAAUUCUGCAUCCUAUAAUUCUGCAACAUAAGUGAACAUAAUAGCUAUUACAUAUGUUGCUAUCAUGUCAUUACCUUCUGAAGGCAUAGUUAGCCUGCCCCCACAUCUAGCUAUCACGAGUACAAAAGGUGGUCUGGGCAAAAAAAUCGGAUCUUCUUUGAUUGCAUUCUGUUGCUAA